GACGCCAUCGGAACUUUUUUCGCUUGGUCGUUCCUUCGAGCUCUUGCUGCAAGCAUUGGGCAAUGACCGGGACCGUGUUGGGGAUGCGAUCUACGGGGUCCUGACUUCUGCGUUGCUAGCCGUGAAGGAAAGUUUCAUCACUCCAAGGGCAGUCUUGUCUUUGGCCCUUUUCAAUGGCUUUCGAGUGCUUGGCCACAAGAGCGAAGAUCCCGAAGAGUUGAGGCUCUUUGUUGAGACCAUGGCUUUUAAGCAUUUGGGACAAGAUGUGACGCUAGCACGCGUGAACAACGUCAUCGAUGGCUAUCGCGAACUCAUGCAGCAAAAUGUCAGACAACUGCCACCCGGCAGUGUGCUGGCAUGGCAGAAGUUGCUGACCUACACUGGUUCGUGUUUCAGGCCAUUGGGCGAUGUGGGAAUCCCGGAGCUCACGGGCAGAGAGACACGGGUUGGAGAUUCUUUCAGAAGCACCUAG